UAAAUGGGUUUUUCCGGCCAUUCUGGGCUCUGGAGGAGCCAGGCCCUUGGCAGUCUGGCCAGGGGCGGGAACUCAGCCGACUGGCGCAGACCCAAGUCCUGGGCUGCAAGAGGAAAUAGCAAGAGAUGGCGUCUGUGGGCCCCAUGGCAACGAGACCGGCUUCCGGCUGACCGACCCACCUCUGCUGCUGUCACCUCGAGGCUCACCAUAGCAACGGGAUCUCUGCGUUGGUGGAAGAGGCAGGGUCGGCUGGUCACGGUAGAUCCUCGCAGCCGCCGUCAUACCGACGGGACUCAAAAAUGUACAGCCAGCGGUUUGGGAUCGAACAGCGGGAAGUCAAAGGCCCCACUCCCAAAGUAGUAAUUAUGAGAGCCAAGCCUCCCAAAGGCCCAGGGGCUGAGCAACAUCUGGAAAGAAUCCAACGCAGCCACCAGAAGUAUCAUGCUACUCUGGCUUCCAUUAAGUCAAUUGAGCAGGAUCGCCUCAAAGUUGACUGGGAUCAACACAUUGACCGCAAGUUUUUAAACAGCCUUGUGCAAACAAGAAUUAAAGAUGCCAUGCAAGGGUUUAUCAUCAACACUGAAGAAAGGCGAAAUAAGCUACGUGAACUUUUAGCAUCAGAAGAAAAGGAGUAUUUUACUGAAAUGCAACAGAAAGAAGAAACCAUUGAGGAGAAAAAAGACAGAAUGAGAGAGAAAACCAAAUUAUUGAAAGAGAAGAAAGAAAAAGAAAGACAGGAUUUUGUGGCUGAAAAGUUAGACCAACAAUUCAGGGAAUGCUGUGACGAGCUCCGGAAUCAGUUGUUCCGCAUCCACCGGAAGACAGUGUGCGAGGAGCGGAAAGCACAAAUAGCAUUUAACGAGGAGCAGAAGAGGCAAAAGGUGAUAGAAGAGCAGAUGUUCGCGAGGCUCUGGGAGGAAGACCGCUUAGCUAAAGAAAGGCGAGAAGCCCAAGAGGAGAGGAAACAGAAGGAGCUGGUGGAGAACACACGCCUGGGACUGAACGCCCAGGUCACCAGCAUCCAGGCGCAAAGGCAGGCUGCACAGCGCCUGAAGGAAGAGGAGGCGCGCCUGCUGGAAAAGGACAAUGCACAGAUUAAACUUGAAAGUGAACAAGAAAAGCUAAAGAAACAGAAGACAAAACAGGAAGUUAGAAACAACUUGCAGAAGACCUUACAAGAGAAGAUGGAGUUUAUUCAGCAGGAAUACAGACAAGAGCAGGCUUUGAACAUGGAACUUGUGCAAAGAGCCCUUCAAGACUUACAGGAAGAGGCAGAUAAAAAGAAGCACAAAAGAGAAGAUAUGCUGAGAGAACAGAAGAUAUAUCUUAAAUAUUUGGAACAGCGACGCCAGGAAGAAAAAGCUCAGGAGAAAGAAUUAGAUAGAAUGUUAGAGGAAGAGAAGCAAAAAAAGUUGGCUGAGAAGGACAAGAUGCUGAGACUUGAAAAGGAAGCAAGGAAACAGCUCAUGAAUGAAGUCACGUGUACAAGAAAACUCCAAGUUCAAGAAAAGUUACAACGGAAAACCAAAGAACGGGAAGAACGUGCUAUGGAACAGGAACGCAUAAAUGAAGGUCUUAAAGAACUUAACCGUCAAGAGGAGGAGAAUUUUGCAAGACGCUGUAGUCUAGCUCAGGAGUACAGGAAGCAGCUUCAGAUGCAAAUAGCUCACCAGCAGCAAGCCCGAGAGGCAGAGAAGGAAGAGACUCGCCGAGAGUUUGAAGCAGGGAUAGCAGCAAACCAGAAGUGCCUGGAAAAGAUCCAGAAGAUCCUGUCCAGCCAGCCUGUGCUCCCUCGGAACAUCCAUCCCAUGCGGAGGGCGUGCCCCAAUAAAUUUCCACUAUAGCUGUUUAACAUCAGUGUAUCUUUUCUUAGUCUUUUAUAGUUCUAAUCUGCUGAAUGUUCCUUUUAACGCAUGCAUGAACCAUUCUUUUCUCAAGGUUUACAUAAGUUUUACACAUAAUAUUCUUUUUCAAAUAAAUUUGUUCUUUUUAAAACGAUGUCAUAAACUUACAAAUCAGAAGUCUAUUUCACAUCAUACCUUUGUCCUUGAUUUGCCUCCGUCUCUCUUUCUUUCUUACACACUUACUAAUAACUACAUGCCUACUCAUUUCCUAUUUCCUCUUCCCUACCUUUGGUUUUCACUUCUAUUUGUAAUUCAGUGUCAGCAAGGCACUUAUGCAGGUAAGACUGGGGACUAACAGCUACUUUUGAUGAACUCACAUGUUCAGUCAUUCAGUGAGGAUUUACUGAGUGUCUCUAAUGUACCAGACACUAUGGAAGACCUUGCAGCAGUUUGCCCUAAGUUAUUCCAUUGUGAGUGCAAUUCUUUUUUUUUUUUAUCGGUACCAGGGAUCAAACUCAUGACCGCCUGCUUGCAAGGCAGGUGCUUAUGCCACUGAGCUAAAUCUCCAGCCCCUGGGAGUUCAGUUCUAAGGACAAAUGACUUCCCAUCUUGUGAGUGCAAGUAGGCAACCACCAGAUGCUGGACACAUAGAACUUACUAAGAAGACCAAUCAUCAUUGACACACAGCACAGUUAUAAGGUACAAUAGCAUAAAUAACCCAUUCAUGUCAAUAAAAAAAUUACUACCUGUGAACUUGCUGAAUUAAACCAGGGGCACAUAGACACUUGGACCUAUUGGACCACAUCAAGGACACCAGGCACAUAAACUUAUCAGACAGACCAAAGAAAGAUGCACCUCCCUCACCAGGGACAUCUAAAAGACUGCCACAAAGUGCAACCAUCCCUGCAAAAUGGAAAUUUAAAAGUUAGAUUUUGUUUCUUUUAGAGAUGGACUAUUUCUCCAAACUUGGCCUUGCUAACCAUGUAACCACACCUUCUCCUCUCCUCAGCCCCACAGAAGUGACAGAAUGUGACAGAAGGAGGCCUGGAGUCUAGUUUCCUUUUCACAAGAAAUGGGAGAAAGGAAGUGCGGUAAAGCAAAUUGGAGACCUUCAUUGUCUCUCUGUGCUUCCCCUCCCCUCGUCCUUCACAAUAAAAGCCCCUUGCCCUACACAGUGAGAUGAUAAGGCAAAUAGACCCCUCUAACUCUUGAACCUAACUUUAAAUACAUCCUUUGUCUUAAAAUAUAUGGCCUCCCUUGUUUUGGUCAGCAAAAAGCAAAGGAAUCUGAGCUAAGAACCUAAGUGGCUAGUAACAUAGCAAUAGCAUCACCUGUUACAGACCACACUUCAGAGCCUCUGCCCAGCAGGUCACCAUGGUGACAAGUUUCUGACUCUGAUUCUGGAAAUCAGCUCAGUGUAGAUUUCCUUACUCUUUAAUGCUGUCCACUUUAAAAAUCAUCCAGAUUCUUUCACCUUGAUAGCUCUGGUAACCCUUUAUCUGACCACCUGUAGUCACAUUCCUAUAGUACUGACUCUUUACUUUUGCUCUCUGUACCAUAUGUCUACGUCCUAUGGCUAUCUUGGCCAUUUCUUAGCCUCUCUGUAAUAGAAUAGACCUUUUGAAGCAUGAUGUGAUUUGAGUGUCUUAGAUAGUAGUGAUUAAGAUUGGAAUGGGGCUCCCUGGAGAUGUAGCUAGGUGAUAAUAAAGCUCUUUCCUAGCAUGUGCAAA